AUGGUCUAUUUCAUCCCCAAUUUAGGUGUUCAGAGACUUGCUAAGGACGCUGUGGAUCUGGUCAGUGCACUGUAUAACCAGGUGGAUGAAGAGGUCCAUAAACUCGUCAUUCUGUCGAAUAAAUCACUGCAGCAGCUGGAGACGCUCCUGGAGCUGCGCGCCUUACAGGAGAGACACCAGGAGGUUAAGAGGUGGUUUUAUGUGGAAAGCGAGAAACAUUUGGCUCCUCUGGACUCCUAUAGUCUCUCUCUGAGCUCCAUUCAGGACAUGAGACAGAGUCUGGCCCAGUUCAUGGAGGAGUCCACCGAACAGCAGAAGAAAGCCGCAGCGUUACUGAGGGAGCCUAAAGCCGGUCCAGCCCUUCUGGAGGUCAAAGAGCACAUCAGCUCCGUCCUGCAGCGCAGCGAAACACGCAAGAAUGAACUGGACGUCCUGCUCAACCUCUACGAGUUCUACGAAUCGGUAAAGAGAUGUUUCUGGAUUGCAUUAUGUUUAGUUAGCUGCAUCAUGUCAGCUGUUGUGAUGAUAAUUAGUGAGACGUUCCCGAACCCUUCGGAGACCCAGAACGGACUGGACUCCUCUGAUGUUCCCGCUCGGAGCUCUUCUUCACCGUCGUGUUUUGAGGAUGAAGAUGAGAAGCCGCAUUCAGCAGGUCCGUUUUCCAGAAGCCAGUUCCCGUUCCCCUUUCCCCCGGAGAGCGGCAUGCUCUCACCGUGUGUGUUUGAGGACACCGACAGCGACUGCACCGUCGACUCGUCCGCCUCGUGCCACUCUGAGCCCCUGAUGCGCCACCGCAAGCAGCCGCUCAAGAAGAUCAUGAAGAAGACCCUGAGCUACGAGCUGCCGGCGCGGGACAAAGCUCACGGCUACAGCGGCGUCUACAUCCGAGGACUGCAGGUCACCAAUAACGUCUGCGUGGAGACGAAGCUGCAGCGGCCAGACGUCACCAGCCCGGCGCUGGGCCGCAGCCGCAGCAUGUCGUCCCCGUCACGCGUUCAGUGCAGACUCAGCGACGGAGACGUCAAGAGACACAGCGGUAAAACCCAGCACAUCAUGGACGAGAUGAUCUCCACCGAGAGAGAGUACGUGAGAUCCCUCAGCUACAUCAUCCAGCACUACUUCCCUGAGAUGGAGCGACUGGACCUUCCUCAGGACCUCCGAGGGAAGCGCAGCAUCAUUUUUGGGAAUCUGGAGAAGCUGUGUGAUUUUCACAGCCAGUAUUUCCUGACGGAUCUGGAGAGCUGCGCUCAUUCACCGCUGUCCAUCAGCAGCUGCUUCCUCAAACACGAGGAACAGUUCGGGAUGUACGCCCUGUACAGCAAAAACAAGCCGCGCUCAGACGCCCUGCUAACGAGCCACGGAAACAAUUUUUUCAAGAACAAGCAGCUAGAGCUGGGCGAUAAGAUGGACCUGGCGUCGUACCUGCUGAAGCCCAUCCAGAGGAUGAGUAAAUACGCUCUGCUCCUGAAGGAUCUGAUCAAGGAGUGCGGUCAGUCUCAGGAGCAGGAGCUCACUGACCUCAGAACAGCGGAGGAGAUGGUCAAGUUCCAGCUGCGCCACGGAAACGACCUGCUGGCCAUGGACGCCAUCCGGGGAUGUGACGUCAAUCUGAAGGAGCAGGGUCAGCUCCGCUCUCAGGACGAGUUCAUCGUUUGGUGCGGACGCAAAAAAUACCUGCGUCACGUUUUCCUUUUCGAGGAUCUCAUCCUCUUCAGCAAGACCAAGAAGAUUGAAGGAGGAUACGACAUCUACAUCUACAAACAGUCCUUCAAGACGGCUGAGAUCGGGAUGACGGAGAGCGUGGGAGACAGCGGGCUGCGCUUCGAGAUCUGGUUUCGCCGGAGGAAAUCACAGGACACCUUCAUCCUGCAGGCCGCUUCUGGAGAGGUGAAGAACGCCUGGACCUCCGUCAUCGGCAAGAUCCUGUGGAGACAAGCCUUACGAAACCGAGAGUUGCGGAUACAGGAGAUGGUUUCGAUGGGAAUUGGAAACAAGCCAUUCAUGGACAUCAAACCCAGCGACUCUGCCAUCAGCGAUCGAGCCGUCGACUACAUCAUGAAAGGGUCAGAGUCGCGGAUGCGGGCGUCCAUCGCGGUGUCCUCGUUCGAUCACUCCACGCCAUUUAAGAGACCGCACUCCACCAUCUCCAACAGCAGCUCGUCCUCGUCCAGCAGCCAGUCCUCGUCCUCUCUGAACCUGCACCUCCAUCCGUCUCAUCCGUCUCUGAGCCACUGGCCCUACGACUGCAUCGAGGAGGACGAGCUCGAGCACGACUCCACUGUCCAGUCCUCCACGAUGAGUGACGGCGCUGACAGCUCGUCUCAGUGCACCUCCAGUGACGGCGUGAGCGUCCAGCAUCAUCCUGCGUUAGUGAUGGAGAGCUACACCAGCGACAGAGGCUCGUAUCGGUCCACACCGUCCCCGUCCCCGUCUCCUCCUAACGUCACGUCCUCCGUCCUCUACCACAAAGAGCAGGAGUUCAUCACAGCGCUGUGAAUCCAUCGAGACGGAGAGACGGGAAAGCAGCGUUUGGACGGUGAAUGCUGGACAUGACGGAGAUCAAAUGCACUGAGACAUUUCAUCAUUUCAUAGACUGAUAAUCGUCCAGAGCCUCGCUGAUGAAUAUGAAUUCUGACUGCAGUGCAGAAUAGAAGCUCUUCAGCAGUGCUGGUACGUUACAGGACCGAGGUCACAGAUGUACAUGAUUUCAGGUGUUUUACUUUUACUUCUUCAUCCUGAGACUUCAGAGACUUCACCACUCGACAUCUGACUCAGUAUUUCUGACUGUACAAAUAGCUGAAUGAUUUGAGUUCUGGCACCACUAAUAAAAUCCAGACAGGAUUGCAUUUUUAUUAAGGAUUGAGUCCGACUUUUUACUAUGAAAAUAAAAAUAAAAGAGUAAAU